AUGGAGACGACUGUCCCCGUCUCCACUGCGUUCGGCCUCCUGCUGCUGCCUGUCCUUGCUGUGCUGGUGACGGCCCUGUGUCUACGCUGUCGUGAGCUGCCGGGUGAGUGCGGGGCUGCGGGUGGAACUGGGCGCUUGGACGCAGGCUCCUAUAACAGUGCUUCCUCAGACGGUAUGUACCCGAGCAGCAUGCAGAUCAAGCGGCCUUGUGAGUAUGAGCAGGGCUCCGCGUCUGAGCAAGUGUGUCCCUUUGCUGAGGCCUCUCUGAGGCUGCCGCCUCGGUCUGUGCCUUACACUCUGGCUCCCUGGCCGCCAUCAUCCCUGACCCCCGUGGCCAAUAUCAACCCGCCGGCCAGUGUCAACCCACCUGUUAGCUCCUACCUACCCCUGAGCCAGCCAGACCUGCUCCCUGUUCCGAGAUCUCCACAGCCCCCCGGGGCCUCCCACCGGACGCCAUCUUCCAGGCAGGACUCAGAUGGCGCCAACAGUAUAGCGAGCUACGAGAAUGAGGAGCUGCUCUGUGAGGACACGGAUGAAGAUGAGGAUGACUAUCCCGAGCGCUACCUAGUGGUGCUUCCGGACAGCGUCCCGGCCGCCACCCCCAACGUGCCCCCAGCUCCUGUGCCCAGCGAGCCUGGCCUCCGAGACAGUGCCUUCUCCAUGGAGUCUGGUGAGGACUAUGUGAACGUUCCCGAGAGCGGGGAGAGCGCUGAAGCGUCUCUGGAUGGCAGCCGGGAGUAUGUGAAUGUGUCCCAGGAGCUGCACCCUGUGACGAGGACUAAGCCUGCCACCCCGAGCCCUGAGGAUGAGGAGGACGGUGCCCCUGAUUACGAGAAUAUACAAGAUCUCAGUUGA